ACAGCCCCGAAUGGAGAUGCGAGGCGUGUUCGCCGCGGAGGCGCCGUUAUCCCGGGCCCGCAGGACCCGAGCCUGAGGCGGCCGCAGGCCGCCCAGAGCUGCCGGAGUGACUGCUCGCCGCGCCGGACUGUGCUUCUGUGCUGCAGAUGGAGGGGAGGACUCAGUUGUCUGGGCCGGAGUGAGAGGAGCCUGAGGCCCAAGAUGGAGAAGAAACGAAGAAAGAAAUGAAAGCCUCUUUCCAGGCCAAACCACAAAAGGCCAUGAAAUUUAACUUCUUUUUAUGUUGGACAAGACUGUAAAAUGGCUGAUCAAUAAUGUUUCAGCUUUUUGCCGAAACAAAAAUUAACUUAUAAUCAAGGAAGAAAAAAGUGUGAUUUGAAUUUAUGUGAUUUUACGACCAUAUUCACUUUUGACCAUGAAGCUUGUGAACAUCUGGCUGCUUCUGCUCGUGGUUUUGCUCUGCGGGAGGAAACAUCUGGGGGACAGGUUGGAGAAGAAGUCUUUCGAAAAGGCCCCGUGCCCUGGCUGUUCCCACCUGACGUUGAAGGUGGAAUUCUCCUCAACGGUUGUGGAAUAUGAAUACAUCGUGGCUUUCAAUGGAUACUUUACAGCCAAAGCUAGAAAUUCUUUUAUUUCAAGUGCCCUGAAGAGCAGUGAAAUAGACAACUGGAGAAUCAUUCCUCGAAACAACCCAUCCAGUGACUACCCUAGUGAUUUUGAGGUGAUUCAGAUCAAAGAGAAACAGAAAGCGGGGCUGCUGACCCUUGAAGACCAUCCCAACAUCAAACGGGUGACGCCCCAGCGCAAAGUCUUCCGUUCGCUCAAGUACGCGGAGUCUGACCCCGUCGCACCCUGUAACGAAACCCGGUGGAGCCAGAAGUGGCAGUCGUCGCGCCCGCUGCGAAGAGCCAGUCUCUCCCUGGGCUCUGGGUUUUGGCACGCUACAGGGAGACACUCGAGUAGACGGCUGCUGAGAGCCAUCCCGCGCCAGGUCGCCCAGACCCUGCAGGCGGACGUGCUCUGGCAGAUGGGCUACACAGGUGCUAACGUAAGGGUUGCUGUUUUUGACACUGGGCUGAGUGAGAAGCACCCCCACUUCAAAAAUGUGAAGGAGAGAACCAACUGGACCAAUGAGCGGACGCUGGAUGACGGGCUGGGCCACGGCACCUUCGUGGCAGGUGUGAUAGCCAGCAUGCGGGAGUGCCAAGGCUUUGCUCCAGAUGCGGAACUCCAUAUUUUCAGGGUCUUUACCAAUAACCAGGUGUCCUACACCUCCUGGUUCCUGGACGCCUUCAAUUACGCCAUCCUGAAGAAGAUGGAUGUGCUGAACCUCAGCAUCGGCGGCCCCGACUUCAUGGACCACCCCUUCGUCGACAAGGUGUGGGAGUUAACGGCUAACAACGUGAUAAUGGUUUCUGCUAUUGGCAAUGACGGGCCUCUUUAUGGCACGCUGAACAACCCUGCUGACCAGAUGGAUGUGAUUGGAGUGGGCGGCAUUGACUUUGAGGACAACAUCGCCCGCUUCUCUUCGAGGGGCAUGACUACCUGGGAACUCCCGGGAGGCUAUGGCCGCGUGAAGCCCGAUAUCGUCACCUAUGGUGCUGGAGUGAGGGGCUCCGGUGUGAAGGGGGGCUGCCGGGCCCUGUCAGGGACCAGCGUGGCUUCUCCGGUGGUCGCCGGCGCCGUCACCUUGCUGGUGAGCACAGUGCAGAAGCGUGAACUGGUGAACCCGGCCAGCAUGAAGCAGGCGCUCAUUGCGUCCGCCCGGAGGCUUCCUGGUGUGAAUAUGUUUGAGCAGGGCCAUGGCAAGCUGGAUCUCCUCAGGGCCUAUCAGAUCCUCAACAGCUACAAGCCGCAGGCCAGCAUCCUGGAAAUCACUCCGUGUCAGCUCGCCGAGACCGGGCCUUGUCUCUUCAGCUGCUUCCUUCUCUGUGGGCGUUCGGAUGACUCGCGCCUGAGCCCCAGCUACAUCGAUCUGACCGAGUGUCCCUACAUGUGGCCGUACUGCUCCCAGCCCAUCUACUACGGAGGGAUGCCAACGAUCGUCAACGUCACCGUCCUGAAUGGCAUGGGCGUCACGGGAAGGAUUGUGGAUAAGCCUGACUGGCAGCCCUACUUACCGCAGAAUGGCGACAACAUAGAAGUUGCUUUCUCAUACUCCUCCGUGUUAUGGCCGUGGUCCGGCUACCUGGCCAUCUCUAUCUCUGUCACCAAGAAGGCAGCUUCGUGGGAGGGCGUUGCGCAGGGCCACGUCACGGUCACCGUGGCUUCACCGGCUCAGUCGAAAAAUGGCGCAGAACAGACUUCCACCGUGAAGCUCCCGAUUAAGGUGAAGAUCAUUCCCGCUCCUCCGCGGAGCAAGAGAGUUCUCUGGGACCAGUACCACAACCUCCGCUACCCACCCGGCUACUUCCCCAGGGAUAACCUGAGGAUGAAGAAUGACCCUCUGGACUGGAACGGCGACCACAUCCACACCAACUUCAGGGACAUGUACCAGCACUUGAGGAGCAUGGGCUACUUCGUCGAAGUCCUCGGCUCCCCUUUCACGUGCUUUGACGCGAGUCAGUAUGGAACUCUGCUUAUGGUGGACAGCGAGGAGGAGUACUUCCCUGAGGAGGUCGCCAAGCUGAGACGGGACGUGGACAAUGGCCUUUCACUCAUUGUCUUCAGUGAUUGGUACAACACGUCUGUCAUGAGGAAAGUCAAGUUUUACGACGAAAACACAAGGCAGUGGUGGAUGCCGGACACUGGAGGGGCGAAUGUCCCCGCUCUGAACGAACUUCUCUCCGUCUGGAACAUGGGGUUCAGCGAUGGCCUAUACGAAGGGGAUUUUACUUUAGCAAACCAUGACAUGUAUUACGCAUCAGGGUGCAGCAUCGCUAAGUUUCCAGAAGAUGGCAUAGUGAUAACACAGACUUUUAAAGACCAAGGAUUGGAGGUUUUGAAGCAGGAGACAGCAGUUGUUGAAAACGUGCCCAUUUUGGGACUCUAUCAGAUUCCCACUGAGGGCGGAGGCCGCAUCGUGCUGUACGGAGACUCCAACUGCCUGGACGACAGUCACCGACAGAAGGACUGCUUUUGGCUCCUCGAUGCACUCCUUCAGUACACGUCUUACGGGGUGACCCCUCCCAGCCUCAGUCAUUCCGGGAACCGGCAGCGCCCUCCCCGCGGAGCCGGCUCGGCCACUCCAGAGAGGAUGGAAGGGAACCACCUGCACCGGUACUCCAAGGUCCUUGAGGCCCGUUUGGGAGGCCCAGAGCCUCGGGCUCUGCCGGCCUGUCCGCACCUGUCGUGGGCCAAGCCACAGCCUCUAAACGAGACGGCUCCCAGUAAUCUUUGGAAACACCAGAAGCUGCUCUCCAUUGACCUGGACAAAGUGGUGUUACCCAACUUCCGAUCGAACCGCCCUCAAGUGAGGCCAUUGUCUCCCGGAGAGAGCGGUGCCUGGGACAUUCCUGGAGGGAUCAUGCCCGGUCGCUACAACCAGGAGGUGGGCCAGACCAUCCCCGUGUUUGCCUUCCUGGGAGCCAUGGUGGUCCUGGCCUUCUUCGUGGUACAAAUCAACAAGGCCAGGAGCCGGCCGAAGCGCAGGAAGCCCAGGGUGAAGCGCCCCCAGCUCGUGCAGCAGGCCCACCCGCCGAAGACCCCCUCCGUGUGACCCCAGACCUGCUGGCCCUGAGAGCCAAAGAGAGCCUUCGAGGACGGCCGUGAGGGGCAGCCCGCCAGGAAGGGUUCACAUCUCCAGCUGCGGUCGAGUACAGUCUGUCCUCAGCGGGCCUCCCGGGGCCUGCGGGAGGGGCUGGCGGGUCAGCCUCAGGGGAGACCACCCAGAGGGCCUCGGGCACGCUGGCUGGAGGCUCCCGACCCACAGGGGUGCGCCGCCUUACACCAGCGGAAGCUCUGACCAAGCUGAACUGUGCUCAUCAAAGGCUAUUUUCUAUAUUUAUUGUUGGGAAAAGUCACUUUAAAGACUUGAGCUAUUUGGAAGCAAAGCUAUUUUUUUUGUCAGUGGAAUGCGGUUUUUUUACUAUGACAUCAUGAGAAAUAACACAGAUUCCGUGAUCUCCUUUUUGAUGAAAGGACAGACUGAGAUUUGAAGGAAAUUUGCACAGAUCUGUGAAACAUAGAUCUUCGCUUUAUUUUUCUAAGUCUCGACUGCCAUCAUGUUUUGUAAUUCGGGGUCUUGAUUUCACCAUUGUCGGUGAAGAAAAUUUUCAAUAAAUAUGCAUUACCUGUAUGAAGCUGA